UAGAAUGGCCAGCCUUAAAUAUUAAAGCAUUCCUUUAACUACAUACAAAUACAACUCGAUCUCAAUCCAAACUUGAUCUCAACCUCGAGUUCAAGUUGUCAACUAUCUACCUAACCUAGGUACCUCAUCAGUCUAUCUCAUUCCUACAACAUCGCCUUCGAUUUUUCUCUAAAAAGACAGCGCUUCGUUUCGAGUAAUACAGCCGCACAUCCAAUUCAAACCGAAUAGUCAGUUUCGCAAUUUACAAUCCAUAAUGGAUCUCGUCUCGAGCGUCCGCAAGACGGGGUCACGCGGUGGGGUCAAUUUCAAUUGGGACGAUGUCGCCAGCUCGACCCAUCGAGAGAAUUAUCUAGGACACAGUCUGAAAGCCCCUGUUGGCCGAUGGGCAAAAGGUCGAGAUCUCACCUGGUAUGCAAAAGCCGACGAUACAGCAGCAUCUGCUACCGAAACGGAACAAGAGAAGGCAGCGAGAGAGAGGAAAGAGGAGAUCAGGCAAAUAAAGGAGGCAGAGGAAGACGCACUUGCCCGUGCGCUAGGGCUACCUAUUACUUCCCGAAAGGCUAUUGAUGCGAACGCUACCGGCGCGAACGCUGUCGGUGUAAGCGGCGGUCGGGGUGCGACAGGAGGUGGCGAUUCUACAACUAUCGCCAAGGACGAAAGCCGAUCGACAGAUUAUGUUCAUAAGUCAAUAAAAAGCAAAACAAGACAUCAUGGAAGAACUAGGAGCAGGAGCAGGAGCGUUGAUCGCGACGCGCAAAAACAACGGGAUCGAUUACAAAGGAGAAGCGAUGCACACCACAAGCACAGAGUGAGAGACGAUAGGGAUGAUAGAGGUGACAGACAUGGCCAUCGAAGACGAAGAAGCUAUAGUCCUGCGGGGGAUGAUCGUAGGCACGGACGGACGCAACGAAGAGAACGAAGCCGUUCCCGUACUCCCGAGAAAUCAGAACGUAGAAGAGAUGGCAAGAACGCUUAUGAACAUAGAUCGAGAGAUGAACAACGACGGCGAAGCAGAAGUCCCCACGGAUAUCAAAGGAAUGAUAGGCGUAAAACUACAACUUGAGAUGCAUAUUGUGCGCUUGAUGCAAUCCUAGAAUUGCUAGUGGUCUGGCGCGGAUUAGGUAACCAAUGGCAGUUCUAAAGGUUACUUCAUACAGCAUGGUUAGGUACAUACCAAUAAUUAGAUCUAUGGAUGUAUCCAACCCAUUCGUGAACACGGGGCAGUCAUACUUAUCUUACGCUGUGAAAUAAUAGGGUGUUAGACAUCUGGACUCAGAUGACACAUUAUGUAGGCGAAUCAAUGUUCUAGGACUUCAACCCCUGUGCAACUGGGCAAGAUCAAUGAUAUCGAUAGGUACGGAGUAACUACCGUACAGGUCACUUGGUUCAAUGCGCUGACCUCCCUCGUUGGAGGUCCGAGGAUUGAUACACUGUAGCUAAGCGCGGAGUUAGUGGGGUUUAGCGAUUUGACGAUUAGCGCCAGUCUUGAGGUACAC